CGUCACCUCAAAAUGGAGGAAGCUACUGGAAAGGAAGAAGAGCUGCAGAAAUUUCUGGGAAAAGUCGAUGAGAUCGACUCCAUCAUGAAAGAUUUAACAUGUGGUGACCUUGAAAGGCAAAACAAAGCUCUAUCAGCUGCAGAUGAGUUUUUAAAGCGACACAGGGCUGAAAAUGAUGAUGAUUCUGAUGAUGAAUGUAAACAAGUCAAAACAAAGGCUGAGAGAACAGUCAUUUCAAAAACUGAAGAAAGAAGACUUCUAGAUCCAUCAACUGCCCUUGGUGAAAUGAGAGAUGCAGGAGAAGUUUGUGCAGAGAAGUUCAUGAAAGCAGUUGAGGAAGAUGCUAAGGAGAGGGCAAAGAUAAAGAAGAGGUCUGAAGCAGAAGCUGAAAAGCUCAAAGGAAAAGGAAAUGCUGCUUUUAAGGAAGGAAAUUAUUCAGAAGCUAUAAGUAACUACUCAAUGGCAAUCAGUCAAAGUGGUUCCAAUCCAGUACUUUACACCAACAGAGCACAGGCAUAUAUCAAACUGAAUGACUUUGAUUCUGCAAUCCAAGACUGCAAUCUUGCUUUAAAGAUUGAUCCCAAGUGGGUGAAAGCCUUUGUUCACAAAGCCAGAGCAAUACAAGCUCAAGGAAAAUUUGAUGAGGCAAUCUCAGUUCUGAAGGAUGCUGUUAAAGUGGCACCAAAGCAAGAAAAAGUGUUGAAAUCUUACAUAACUGAGGCUGAGUCAGCAAAAAAAAGACUUCAGGAUGAAAAAGAGGCUGCCGGUAUUGCUGGACAGGAGGGUGGGGAAUCGAUGAGAGAUUCUAUAAACAGACUUCAGAAAAACAGCCUGGCCACAUCACAAUAUACUGAGGCAACAAGGAAACUUCUCCCACUUCUUGAUAGCAGUGCAAACAGAACAUUGUUCAGAUGUUAUGGAGGUUUUCAGAUCAUAGACUGCAAUAAUACUUUUAAAAAGUACUGGGAAGGAGCAGCUGUGUGUAUAAUGUUGGAAGAUAUAGACUUGAUUUGUGAAAUUUUAAGAAUUCUUAUGGAGGCAUGAACUGAUAAUGAUCACAAAGUAGAAGAGUUCCUCAAAAAGGAUCACACUCCAUCAUUCAAUCGUUUUCUGCGAGAUCCGACAUCUCCUGUCAUUAAAACCGCUGCCACAUCAUUUCUUCACCAGCUGUCCCAAACUGAAAAAGGCAGAGUUGGUCUCACUACUUGUAAACAUAUCAAGUGUGUCACUGAGGCAUUAUUUUCACUGGUACAGAGGGGAACUAACACAGCUGUUAUAGCAAUGUCUACAAUUAAUAACUUGGCCUUGGAACUAGGAUUCUGUGAAAAAAUUAGAGAUUUGGUUGACAAAGACUUUCUGAGCAUCUCUCAGAAAUUUGUGAGAAAGUUAUGUGACGUAAACACAACAGUUUCCCAUGAACCAACAGACAGCUGGUCGCUAGUUUCAUCUGGUUUGUCAGCUUUAGCCAACAUGGCCAAAGACACAUUUAUCAGAAAAAAGAUUGCUGACGAACAAGAUUGGUGGGAAACAAGUGUCAAGUUCCUGGAUUGCAAUAUCUUGGGAAUAAAGGAUCAAAAAGUGAGAAGCUCUAUUUAUUCUCUUCUGGGUUUGUUGGCAAACAUAUCUCUGCAAUCAAACCAGAUGCUGCUCCAAGAUUGGUUCCAUCACUCAUUGAAAUGCUUAACACAGGCUAUGAUGAAGUUUGUGAGCGCAGUCUUGCUACCCUGAGAAAUAUCUUAGCCCAUUCCAAUGAGGCUCUAAAUCAAGCCUGCGAUCAGAAAAUUCACAUUCACAUCAUGCGGAUUCUCAAGUUGGUCAUCCUAAGCAGCCAUUUUCAGGUUGGUUGGGGAGCAAACACAAGAGAAACUGUAAAAAAAUAUUCCAUCAAGUCACUGGCACUGUGCACAAUGGAGAGAAAAGACGUAAGAGAAGCUGUGCUCAGUGAAAAAGCUUUGGACUUCUUGGUUCAGUUGCUUCAUUCUACAGACGAGACCAUCAUAGGAAAUACAGCACUCUGCAUUGGUCACUGUGCUGAUAUGGAGGGAGUAAGUCAACAUUUGGCCAGUGAUAAUGGUGUGGUGGAAAUCCUCCUGAAGCAUGCAACAAAUGAUGAGCUAAGCAAAGAUGUCAAACAGAAUGCUGCCAUUUGUUUAGCAAAACUUGCAACAUCAGACAAAAGGCAUCUUGAAAAGCUGAAAGAAAUGCACGGACUUGAAAUUCUUCACUCUGUUAUCCAGAACACGAACCUCAGCUGAUAUGAUAAGGACAGAAUCUUAAAUUGCUAAAAUGAUAAUAAGCUUUCUUAAGCCUGGUAUUUGAUCUUCCUUGGAAGGGAAAGAGCAAGGCUUGAUUUUGGAUACAACAACUGGUUAUCAAGCCUACAACAACAACAACAACAACAGCAGCUACAGUGACAGCAAUACUUCACUGAAAAUAGUGAAGGAAUUUUGUACUGUUUGUAAACAUAUACUUAUUCGUCACUCUUUAAGGAUAUAAGCAGUGAAACCUCAACUGCAGAGACCACAAACUUAGCUUGUUCUGUGGUGGUGGAACUGUGCCCUUUAGAUGUCAUCAAAUAACCUGCUUGCAGUUUUAAUCCAGUAUGUACUAUUUAUUUUUAAAAGGUGUGUAAUAAACCAAACAUAUUUAAGUUUGAAGUAGGUGAAAGUUUUAGUGUGAUUUAACCAUUUCAUUGCCUACAUUCAAAGAUCAAUUUUCUGCACUGUCAGCCAAGCAUUUCAUAUCAUAUCAACAAUUUGUUAUUAACAUUAAACGGUAUUUUUAGGUUUACAUUUUCUAUCUUUUCUUCAGGGCAUAUUUGUAUUACCCAUUUGUUAUAUGCUAAUGAGUUUUGACUAAAUGCUAAUGAGAAAAACAAUUAAGAACAGUUGUAAACAGUUGACUCACUUGUGCAUGUCCAUAUAUAUUGGGUCAUACUUGUGAGAAAAUUACAGGAAUGUUGGAAUGUACAGGACUGUUCAAACAUAUUUUUUUCAGCCUAGAACAUCCUGCUAAGCUAAAAUGUCAUGGAUGUACAUACAUACAUGUGGUGCUCUUGAAUGUACUUGCCUUUUUUGCUUAUUUUUGCAAUGGAAAUCAUUACACUUCAUAGCAUUGGUUGAUUGAAUAAAUGUUCUUGUCAUUUUCAUAUAACAAACAGUUAAUCAGCAUAUAACAAAAUGGUUCACUAGCAUAUAACAAACAGUUCAUUAGCAUAUAACAAACAGUUAAUAAGCAUGUAACAAAUUGUUCAGUAGCAGAUCUUGAAUACUUCAUUAGCAUACAAUGAAUGAUUCAUUAGCAUAUAACAAACACUUCAUUGGCAUAUAAUUAGCAUAUAAUGAAUGGUUCAUUAGCACAUAACAAUAUAUACUGAACAGGUUAUACAAAAUUUACUACAUUACCUUUUUAUUUCAGUGUUGAUGUUGUAAGAAAAAAAUAACUGACUGGUUACUCUGAGGGAACAAGAGACAAGGAGUUGUUCUAAUAACAGUAUGAUUUUUACUGAAAAAAAAACAUUCAUACAAUUGCUUUAUUUUCAGAAAGUUCAUCGUACAAAACAACUGUGAGGAACUGUCAAAAUUUGGUCUGUUCUGACUUUCUGUGAUGAUUUUUUUCAUGUCAAUUAUUAACAAGUAACAACAUGAUUUCUUGUGCAACCUGGUGUAAAUAAGCACCUGUAAUUUUUCAUAAACUAAAAAUUACCCUCACCCUAUGGGCUCAUGCAAUUUUUUUGUCUCUGGAAAAUUUACUUGAGCCUAUUAACAACAAAUUGCACUCAAAAUCAUGUUAUUACCUAUACUUAUUAUCCAACUGAGCUUUGUAGAGUACAAAUAACGCGAAA